AUGACUAAUACCCCUAAUAAUAUACUAGAGAGUGCUGGCAGUAGUAUAUCUACUACUAAUACAUCUAUAACAGUCAGGCCGAAUCAGCAAUCCACCACAAACAAUAGCAGCAACAACAACAACAACAACACCAACAGCAACAACAGCAACACUUCCCUAGCAUCGACAUACAAAUGGGUACGAAAACUACGAACGCUUCCAUCAAACCCCAAGUCAAAUGAUUUCCUCAAAUUAGAUUACAUUGAGGUGAACUUGAACAAUUCACGAAAAUUGAUUGCUAAUGUAUUGAAGAUGUCGCAUACCAGUCAAGAAUAUACCGACUGUUUGGAUUUGCAAAUUGGUGGCAACCUAGUACAAUUGACUCAGGUAAAGAAGGAACUAGAUUGGUUGGAUGAUAUUUAA